AUGAGUCAACCAGCUAAAAAUGAGAACCCAGUCCGGCUAUGGGGUGGCAGGUUCACGGGCAAGACGGAUCCCCUGAUGGACCAGUAUAACGAGAGCCUGUCAAUAGAUCGGGUCUUCUAUGCUCAGGAUAUCCGGGGCUCAAUAGCCUACGCAAGAGCAAACGUCAAGACGGGGAUCCUCACACCAAAGGAGUUUGAAAAGCUCGAGGAAGGACUCAUUGCCGUUCUCAAGGAGUGGGAAGAAGGCAAGUUCCAGGCCGCGCCUGGGGACGAAGACAUCCACACUGCCAACGAGCGGCGACUAGGCGAGAUCAUCGGCACGAAUGUCGCGGGAAAGCUGCAUACUGGUCGGAGUCGCAACGAUCAAGUCGCGACCGACAUGCGCAUGUGGCUUCGCGAUGAGCUGGUUCUGAUCGAGGGAUACCUGGUCGAUCUGCUCAAGGUCAUUGCUCAUCGUGCCAAGCAGGACAUUGACUACAUUAUGCCGAGCUACACGCAUCUGCAACGAGCUCAGCCUGUGCGGUGGAGCCAAUGGCUGCUCAGCUACGCGACGGCGUUUCAAUCUGAUCUGGAGCGUCUGCGUUUUACGAAGAAGAACAUCAACAAGCUUCCCCUCGGAUGCGGCGCCGUGGCUGGAAAUGCUUUCGGCAUUGACAGAGUGCAGCUCGCAAAAGAACUGGGAUUUGACGGUCUCAUCAUGAACAGCAUGUCUGCAGUGGGAGACCGGGAUUUUGUCGUUGAGGUACUCCAGUGCGCAUCCACAAUUGGCAGCCACUUGUCUCGAUGGUCGGAAGACCUCAUCAUCUACAGCUCGUCCGAGUUUGGCUACGUGAAACUGGCCGACGCAUACACUACGGGGAGCUCGUUGAUGCCCCAGAAGAAGAACAGCGACUCGCUAGAGCUGUUACGAGGCAAAUCCGGCAGGAUAUUUGGGUCCAUGGCCGGUUUGAUGAUGAGUAUCAAAGGAAUUCCAUCCACAUACAACAAAGAUUUACAGGAGAGCUUGCAACCCAUGUUGGACACUGUCAAGACGUUGAAGGAUGGUCUCCAGAUUGCUGCGAGGUCGUUGGCAACUGCGACCGUCUCUCCAGAUAAGAUGCGCGCUGCACUGAGCCCGGACAUGUUGGCGACGGAUCUCGCUGAAUAUCUGGUCAGAAAAGGAGUACCGUUCCGCGAGACCCAUCACCUGGCAGGCAGGAUGGUCGCGCUCGCCGAGGACGAGAACAAAGGCAUGGACGAACUCACCGUCAAGCAGUUCCAAGGUGUAGACAAGAGGUUUGGAGACGAUGUACUGGACGUGUUUGAUUAUGAGCGCUCAGUCGAGCUCAAGAAUACCACAGGGGGCACAAGUCGCCGAGCAGUCUUGGAGCAACUAGAGGCACUGACAAAGACGCUGGGGGUCUCUUGA